AUGGGCACUUGGGGAAAGCCAUAUAUGACCCGGAGACGCAGUCUUGGGGAUUUUCUCGGACUUUCGCUCCGCAUCGAAAACAAAAGUCUCAUACCGAAGGUUUACCCAGAACUCGCAGCUUGUUGGCCAUUGGUUAACAAUGAAACUCUCUCACAUGUCAUCGCCACGACGAGCGAGACAUGCGACCCUUUAAGCUCAUCACUCCUUGACCUGGGACACGCAGUUGACCUUGAAAAUGAUGAUUCGGGAAGCCGAACUGUUCCAAUUGCGGUAGUUGCGUCCGGGGAGUGCGGCAACGCCAUUUCUUUCUACAAAAUAGACGAGGACGUUGUGGACUUCAAACUGGCAACAACAACCCACAUACGUGUCCCAUCCAUUAGGCAAGCGGAGUCUGCCGAAUGGUCUGCACAUGGAGCCGCUGUUCGUCAGAUAUGUUUUGCGCGCACAGUGGAAGAGAAGCCAACGUGGAUGGCGGCCCGUUUCCCUCAUUCUACCCUGGUGUUUCGGCCUCUUUAUCAUAGGAGGCCUGUCCCUGUUCACAUAUGCCACAAUAGUGAUCAGAUACUUCGAAGUAAACCCCAUAAUUCUCGCCUUGAUCCGAAUUUAUUGGUGGAAAUAUCGAAUUCAGAGACUGGAGGUUAUGCACACGCGGCUGUGGUCUUUAAUCCGUGGUAUCAGAAGAAAAUCGGGAUUGUCGAUGAGAGGGGAAACUGGAGCAUCUGGGAGAUAUCUGGUCGACAGAAGCAGAACAAAGGUAACUGGACAGCUGCAUGUUCCACGUCUGGCACACUUCCAUGGCUGGAUCUUGGUGAUGGCCACGAAAUAGGCAAUAAACCUCAGCAUGACGGGUGGGCAACUAUGGAGUGGGCUGGAGAUGUCAACAGCUUCAUUGUUUCUAAUAGGCGCUGUCCCAUGCUCUAUCGUAUGGAAAGCGAUCAGAUAUACCCUUUCCCUAUAGAACUUGGUUUAAAAAGAAAGUCUGAGUGGAUCCUGGAUGUCAAGCGGAGCGCUUGCAACGUGUCCCAUGUCUUUAUUCUGACGACUUUACGAGUUUUUUGGCUUGAUGUUAAUCCUAGCCUGGCUCUAGCACCCAAGGAUGGCACGAGGCCUUCCCUCUUUCCCCGCCUGUCCUGGCGUCACUUUCGGGAUCCAGAGGACACUACACUGCAACUAACAUCUUUGUCCUUGUAUAAGGACUCUUAUCUUGUGCUAUACUCCAGGUUGAGCAAUAUCGUGCUGACUUUCUAUUGUCCGACAAUAUCUGAAGGACGUGGAGAUAUAGAGCCUAUACCCGAUCCCUUCCUUCUGGAUAUUCCGUUGAUCUCAGAAUACAACGGAGAGCCUCAACCCAGCCUUGAACGAUUCUCGUCGCUCGUUUUCAAAGAAGUCAUGCAUCUACCAUCAAUGGGGGACAAGAAAGAUUAUACCCCGAGCCUCAGGCUUAUAAAGCUUUUUGUGUUAAACUCACACCUAUCUGUGCGUGAAUCAAUUUAUGUUGGACCUUCGGAUAAUAAUGCUCUACGUAAACAAGACCUCAGAAACGAGGUUAUCCGGCUGAAGCGACGCUACCCAGUGAUGCGCAUAGGACAGAUGCAUGCAAAACAGUCUUCUGCGGACUUUAUAGUCGAUGACUGCGAUGAGUCUGUGGUCGGCCCUGGUGCACUCACUCUUCCAGGCACGGGGAUGUCGAGUAUUACACCACUUGAAUUACCCCAAUGGACUAUCGAUUACUCGCAGGUUUAUGAGGUGGCCACUGGGAGGCUUGGAAUAUCGCCAGAAGGUGAUGUCAGGCAGAUACGUGAUAAAAGCUUCCAAGAGUCUCUCAAAGAGCUGACAAUCAGUGUUCCUGCAUUGACGGGAAGCCAAUCGGCUAGCAAAACACUGCUUGAACUUCUUGACCGCAGCCCAUUGUUGGAUGAUAUUGACCAGAACGCACGUGAUAUUGAGGACUUGCUGUCUACCUUAUUAAAUUGUCAUGCAUUCACCUACCAGCACCAAAAGCUUGUCAUUCAAUUACCUAAUCUUACAAUGUUGCCAUCUACUAAACCUGUUGAAUCGAAAACGCCUUCCCAGUCUAGUUUGAUCGAGAUAUAUGAUCAAUCAGUGAAUUACUGGCUGGCCAGCCUUCCUCAUAACAUACCCGGUCGCACACGAAUCAUGAAAGAAAAAGUUAUUCGAAGUGCUGCGGCUGAUUUUGUUCUGGCGCAGGUCGUCGCAACUCGCAAAACGGACUGGGAAUCAGAAGCCAACACCGACAAACAAUCAUCCAACCAUAAGGGGGAUUCAUCAUCAUAUACUCCACCCAUUAGCUCAAGGCCUAGGAGUAAAAGUCGGUCAUCCUUACUGUCCCACAUCCCUAGAGAGAAUGGCCACGGCAGCUGGGCAAGUGAGGACGAUGGAAGAUCCGCCCCGAAUACAAGGCCUUUUUACUCUAGCCUGGCUGCUUUUACCGAGUUCACCUAUGAGCGACAGCGGUCCGUGUCUCAAAAUGUGACAAAUAUGCUGCAUCACUGGCUACCAGGGACAGAUCCGGUUGCAUAUGACUGGCAAAGAACUGUACAGGCACUGGGAAUGGAGGAAUCGCAACGUGAUUCCAAGAAUGCGACCCCGAAGCGUAGGUUGAGGAAGAAAACAGUAGAACCUUCCAUCCUUCCGAUGACAUCUACAGCGACUGCUAUCCGAGGAUGGGGAAGCCAACCCGAGAUUAAUGAGCCCCCUGCUAUACGGCUUCAAAGCAGCCAGGUGAUGGAGGAUGGCCUUCCAAUGACCCAGGUCGAGCGGGGGGCGUUUGGCGGCCGAGAAGCUGGCCGAAAAAGCAUUUUGAAGGCGAGGAAAAAAAAGCGAGCGGCUGGCUUUUAGUGAGACGAUUCUGUUCGUCUCUUAGUUUUUUAGGAGGGGAAUGGAUAAGUAAAUCAAUGAGAAGAAAAAUCAUGGGGGAUGGUAACCACUAAGAGAAAGAGAACGAUGAAGAUUGGAGGUUUAGAAUCGGAGGAUAAAUCAUGCGUUUAAAUAAUAGGCAAUCAAGAGAAGGAGAUAAAAUACGAGCAGUAUACACAGUACUAUAUAUCGCUGGAGGUCCUCUGUACGGUAGGGAUCAAGUCAUCGAUGUAUCAUCCACGUUUCAGGGAUGAGUAAUUGAUUAAUACGUUCUGUUC